UUUACUAUCACUCAUCUUGCACUCAAUUUAAAUGAAUAAAUUAAAACAUAUAUUAAUAAUAAAUAAUUACGAGCUAUCAAUAAUGACUUUUUUUUUUUUAAAAGUCCUACCCGGAAGUCCCGUGCUUUUACUUUUGCUAGUAUCGAUGUAGCAACUCUGGAUUCCAAAUAGCUAGCUAGCUAGCCAGAGGAGGCUAGUAUUUCUCCUCCUCCUUCACAAAACUGGCUCGUCAAUAAACAUUUUCUCAGCAUAUUCAUGUAAAUAUACCACUUGUGUUCUCAGGAAACCUAUGGGGCGAACUGUUUGCCUCGUAAACUCCGUGUUGUGAGGAAACGGAAGCGUUAAGUUUGUAGACAGCGGAAUAUACCGGCAGCAAACUGCAGCUGGCUAACGGCAGCUAUUAGCUCCGAGAGUACUGCAAGUAAAAGGCUGCUGGCCAGGCAACCAUUACUGAAGAAGCGGCUCCACACCGCCGGCUGUCGAGCUACUUGUGUCAACCAGUUGCCAUAAUAGGAGGGAAAGUGUGAUUGGUGGCCUAUGAGGAAGCCACGUCGAAAAGGCCAGGUGGCCGUAGGAGGUGGAGCAGAUGUCAAGAAGUCCAAUGGGACAGUUGGCGGGCGCGGGGGAGCCCGCCAUCGAUCCCCAUCCCCUUAUAGCCUCAAAGCAUCUCCAAGCAGAGAAACCCUCACCUACGCCCAGGCCCAGAAGGUGGUGGAAGUGGAGCUGGAGGGUAGGCUUCACCGCAUUUCUAUUCUGGAGCCCUUGGAGGUCAUUACUGAAGAUGAGAUGAUGGCCCAGGACAUUAGUGAGUGUAACAGCAACAAGGAGAACAGUGAGCAGUCACCUCCCACCAGCAGUGCCCAAACAGUCCGCAAACCCGUCACACCCCGAGGUCGCAGGAAAGACUCCAAAUGUUCCUCUGUCAAGUCGACACCAUCCUCCAAGAACCUCUGCCCGACUCCUCAUCCUCCAACACCUGAAAAGUUAAAUACGUUGCAUCAUCACCACGUGCCCCUCCCUGAACCUAAGUUUCGUGUGCUGGAGACCUUCACACCUGUCGAGGCUCCUCCUCUGCCUACAGCAUAUUACCGAUUUAUUGAGCGCUCACAAGAGGAGCAGGAAACAGAGGCGGAAUAUGACAUGGACGAAGAGGACGUUGCCUGGCUGGAUAUGGUCAAUUCUGGCCGGACGUCAGAGGGUUACUCAGCUGUCUCGUCAGACACCUUUGAGCUGCUGGUCGACCGCCUGGAGGAGGAGGCGUACCGUGAAGCCCGCAGCCGAGCACCCUCUCAGAGCUCUAUUGACGACGAUGCCUUCUGCUGCGUGUGCCUGGAUGACGAGUGCCUCAACAGCAACGUCAUCCUCUUUUGUGACUCCUGCAACCUGGCAGUACACCAGGAGUGCUACGGAGUACCCUACAUCCCAGAGGGCCAGUGGCUGUGCCGCUGCUGCCUCCAGUCGCCUCAGAAACCUGUUGACUGUGUUCUAUGUCCGAACCGAGGCGGCGCCUUUAAGCAAACGAGCGAUGGACGCUGGGCACAUGUGGUCUGUGCCAUCUGGAUCCCAGAGGUCUGCUUUGCCAACACAGUGUUUCUCGAACCAGUGGAAGGGGUCAGUAACAUUCCCCCAGCACGCUGGAAACUGACGUGCUACCUGUGCAAGCAGAAGGGCCGUGGUGCAUCUAUUCAGUGCCACAAAGCCAACUGUUACACUGCGUUUCACGUCACAUGUGCUCAGCGUGCUGGUCUGUUUAUGAAGAUCGAUCCAGUGCGAGAGACUAAUGUCAACGGGACCACUUUCUCUGUGAAGAAGACCGCAUUCUGUGAGGCUCAUUCGCCUCCAGGCCAAGAGGCCGUCUCAGACGAAGAGAGUGAAGGACGAGUGGUGGGCAGCAGAGGGAGGGCUAGUAGAGGACGGAGUGCCUACACAGAUGGUCCCGCAACACCGAAAAAAGGCAGAAAGUCUGACGAUGAUGCCAAGACGGAUAAAAAGAAAGGGAAGAAGAGCACAGAGUCAACUGCACAGAACACUGCUUCGCCACAAGUGAUAGUGCCUCAAAUACCCACGAGCAGGCUGAAUAUCAUCUGCAAAGGAAUCAUCUUCCAAAGGAAAAACCAGUUCAUGCAGAGACUGCAUAACUUCUGGUUACUGAAACGUCAGUCGAGAAAUGGCGUGCCGCUGGUUCGGCGUUUGCACUCUAACGUCCAAACCCAAAGGAAUCCUGAACAGCCUGAGGUGGAUGAAAAGGUUUCUGCAGCAAGAGAAGCACUGAGGUACUGGCAGAAGCUUCGGCACGACCUUGAAAAAGCCAGACUGCUGGUGGAGCUCAUCCGCAAGAGGGAGAAACUCAAACGAGAAGAGGUCAAAGUUCAUCAGGCCGCUCUGGAGAUGCAGUUGACCCCCAUGUUGGUGCUACUCCGCUCCACCCUGGACCAACUACAGGAGAAGGACACAGCCCAGAUAUUUGCAGAGCCAGUCGACGUCAAGGAGGUCCCCGACUACCUGGAGUUCAUCAGCCAGCCCAUGGACUUUUCCACUAUGCGCUCCAAGCUGGAAAAUCACGCAUACCGCUCAGUGGCUGACCUGGAGGCCGACUUUAACCUGAUGGUGUCCAACUGCCUUCUCUACAACAACAAGGACACAGUCUUCCACCGGGCGGCACUGCGUCUUCGAGACCUCGGAGGAGCCAUAUUGCGCCACGCCCAGCGACAAGCCACCAACACCGGCCUGGAAUUGGACACGGGCAUGCACAUCCUAGAAUCACCACAGAAACGAGACUUUUACAGCUGCUCGUGGGAUGAUGUUGACAGUGUACUGGAUCCAAACAACCGGCUUCAUAUGUCUGUGGAUGAGCAGCUGAAGGAGCUACUGGACAAGUUGGACUUUGUCACCUCCAUGCGCUGCAGCUGCGCCAGGACUCGUCGCAUCCGCCUGCUUCGUCGCGAAAUCAACAGCAUCCGCUACAGGCAGGGCCCCCGCCACAGCCUCCACAACGGACAUCUGAAAGAAGAGGACGAAGAUGACGAUGACGAGGAAGACGACGACAAAGACGUCAAGGUGGACAACGGACUUUCGUCUUCAGACAAAGAAGACCUCAAAUCCACUUCGCCCCCGACACUGGAACCUACAGGGCCGGAUCCUCCUCCACGACAGGGGGACGCACCUCUGGAGCCUCCCACCCUGCGGCCAAUCACAGGGGAGCCCCAGUCCCCCAACUGGCCCUGCAAACGCCUAAAGAUGGAUGAAGACCCUUCGGACAGCACCACAGAGAACAUUAAUUGCACUAAAGCGCAGGAGCGGCAGGCGUCACAGCCUCCCAGUUUGCACAGUGAAGGGCAGGCGGUGCCUAACGGCCUGCCAGAACCCAGCACCCCCACACGGCCCACCACUGGGGGCGUUGGACGACGAACCUCCGUAUUAUUCAAGAAGGCAAAAAAUGGAGCCAAGCUGUUCAGAGAGAGAGACAAUAUUUUGCCGAAUGGAAAGGGACCGCAGGACGAGAAUACAAGCACCACCCCCACAGCACCCAACUCCACAGCCAGCACCCCAUCCUCAACGCCUUUGUCCACUUCAUCCAAGACCCCACAGAAAAGCCCAGGACCCCCCACGCUCAAUGAACCAUGGACCCCCAAUCGAAACGCAGGCUCAGACGGAGAGCUGGAGAAGACACCAAAUCAUACACUGGAAAGUGGACUGACCAAUGGCUUCAACAAGCACAAAGACGGCGGGUCCGACUCUGAGUACAGCCCUUGCCCAGUCCUCCGCAAAGAAAUCAGCUCCCCACCCAAACGAAGCCUCGGCAAACCAGCUCUUUCCAAAGUUCCCUUCCCAGAGAUAGUCAACGGAGACUCAGAUUACACCGGCAACUGCAGCCAAACGUCAGAUGAUGAGACAGAGCUGGAGCCGCUAGAACUGGUGUGGGCCAAGUGUCGGGGAUAUCCCUCCUAUCCUGCUCUGAUCAUCGACCCAGAGAUGCCAGAAGAGGGUCUGCUGCACAACGGGGUGCCCAUCCCCGUCCCACCCAAAGAAGUCCUCUGUCUAGGGGAGCAGAGGCAGGAGGAUACCAACGAGAAGCUCUACUUGGUGCUCUUCUUUGACAACAAGCGGACGUGGCAGUGGCUCCCACGAGACAAGGUGACACCGUUGGGUGUAGACGACACGGCGGACAAGCUGCGCAUAAUGGAGGGCCGCAAAUCCAGCAUCCGCAAGUCUGUCCAGGUGGCGUACGACCGCGCCAUCAUGCACCAGAGCAGAGUCAGCCACAGCCACGGCUUUGUGGCCUCAAACUACCUGUAGGGGGCGGCAGAGAACCCCUCGUGCACCCACAGUUCAGCCACUAUGCAUUUCUCUUUGGUCUUAAAGCAGCAGGCAGGCUGAGUCCUACUGCCAGCUGAGUUUGUAUUCACACUGUGGUCUGGAGAGGCUGCUGUGGACUGCAGUUCAUUACCAAACCACUAGUGUUGGACGCACAGAGCAGUGGUGUUUUGCCUUCCUGUCCUUGUAGUGGAUGUGGAGCUCCAGAUGUGAAUGAAGUUACCCUUAGGUUCCACGUUGCUGCAGUCAGUAAGCGUUAAUUCCCUGUUGAGGGGUUUCUCGAGGUAUCCGCUUACUCUCCACCUGGAUGUGUUUUAAAGCUGUGUGUCUGGAUCAAAUGUAAAAGAAUUCCCCUCUAUUUUCUAUAAUGCUACUGCCAAGGAAUCAAAUUGUCAGAAAAGAGAUUUGACAUAUUUAUAUAAAACGCAGAAGACGUAUGAAUGGAUCACUGCCAUCUUUUAUACAAUAGCUUUUUACAUUUUAAUCUUUUACAAAGACACUUGUAUAUUAUAAAGGCACACUUUGUGUACAUAUGUAUGUGUAUUAUCAAACCCAAUUUAAUUUAAUUUAAUGUUGCUGUUUAAAAAUGCGUAUUUCAAU